AUGGCUGCACCCGAUGAAACCCUGGCUGAGUUUUUCCCGAAGUACAACCCACCGAUUCGCGCCCACAAGCACACUUGUGUCGGUCUAGGAAUGGAGACGAUGAAACGUCUGAGGGUCCUAGAGAACGACUUUCCUGGCAUAACCAAGUCAAUGAUGCUGGUAUCGUGUGACGAAAACAUCCAAGAUUUGGUGGACUACGCCACGGCGUUCCCUGGACCACAGGGGUUCCUAAUUGAGACCGAAAAGGACCACGUGAUGCUGUGUAUCCAUGUUAAAAUCUCGGGAAGGCCCGGUGUGUUUCUGUCAGACCUAGGCUACCACGUGUCCCGGGUUGUCACCGUGAUGGCGGAUAGAUGUUAUCCACAUACAGGUUGGUUCACACAAUCAGACGAACCGCACAGCCGCAAGGAUUAUAACUACCAGUUCAAUCUCCAGAACAACAACUACGUGGAGUGGCACGAGCGUGACACGAGGGGAGCUUCUGUGAAGGAACGGCUUUCGUUGAUCUAUGUGGCUAAGCCAUACCUAACAGCUGUCAGUGUCACAGAGAAGAGGAAUCUCGUUUGGGACUUAAGGAGUCUUCUAGCCAGAAACCCGAAAGGCCAUCUCACGGCUGGUAUCUAUUUCCCUGUUAAGGAGAAGGACCAACAAUUCACAAUGUUCUUCAACGGAACCAACGGCAAGCAAAGAAAGAAACUCAAAUUUGAAUCCUUCUUAGAGUUGCAGAAGAUUCCAGACGAAUUGGUGGAUGACGUAGAGCAGUGUAACGAACAACUCAGGAUGAGGGAUGGCGAACUCCUCUCCAUUCUCAAGAAACUGGCCACCAUCAUGUCUGACGAGGAGUACAUGAAAGAACUCCUAGAUAUCAACAGCACAAUCGUGAAGCUUUCUGCCGGGGAAUAA